GCAGCAGUGGACUUGGAUUUGUGUUCGAGCAGUGUCCAAGAUGCGUUCGUUAUUGCUGUGGAACAACAAGCGCGGGAGCGACUCGAGAGGCUCUCGGCUCUCAAACGGGUUACUCCCGUCGACAUGACCAAACUUUCACAACAGCUAAAUCAGCAAACGACAACAAGCGAAGACUUGAACGGUUUUUUAAGCAACUCCCCAAUAUACGUGACAUCUUUGACCGCCACCGAACCUUUAAACAACAACCCCACCGUAAGCAAACCAAGCAGCGGAGCGAUAACGACGGCGGUAGUCUCAUCAAAAGAAUCAAUCACAACAUCAAAAUUAUUGCCUCCGAAUCAAACGAACGGACAUAAAUCUAGUGAUAUUAUUUUAACUCAGCAAUUUGGAGAUAAUUUAGAUUUAAGUAAAGUGCCAAAUGAUGUUAGAGUAACGACCGCGGAGAGGGGUAAACCGGUAACGUUAUCAAAUCAAAAUAGUAAGGACACCCCGCCUCAAUCGUUAGAUAUAAGAACAUUAGGUGAUAGAAGAUCGUCCUCGCCGUUUCAAAAUGGCCGAACGGAAGUGCUUAUAGGAGCGGAAGACAAUAAGCUCAAAACUACCGCUAUUGUUGAAAGCAAUAAUAAUAAAUUGGCAAUCGAUCCUGAAAUUCGGCCAAGACGUCGUUCGGGCAGCAGCAUAGUCGUGCUAGAUGGCGAAUUGGACACGGUAAAGAAGCCACCCGACGAACUCGAAUUACCCGAUUACAAUAUGGUUAUGAUGUUGGCCGGCGACAAUGGACCGCAUCGCGAAAUGGCCGUCGACGUUCCCGACACGUUCAUCGCAAGAAAUAAGACGCCCCCUCGAUAUCCGCCACCCAAACCGAAACUGCAGAGUGGAUUAAAUGGAACGGCGGCGUCGCCCGCCCUCAAGCCGGUACCGCCACCAAGAGAUCACCUCAAAAUCGAGAAGGACGGUCGACUUGUAAAUAGAACUCCAGCACCUCAACUACCAGCUAGAAUAACAAAUAACAACAACAAUAAUAUCACAAGCAGUCCCGCUCAGCUAUCGACCACCAUAGCCACAACAGCUGAACCUACACGAGAACAACUGGAUAGCAUAAAGAAGUAUCAGGAACAAUUAAGGAAACGAAAAGAAGAAGAGGAAAGAAUAGCGGCCCAAAAUGAAUUCCUAAAUCGAUCGCUUCGCGGUUCACGAAAACUUCAGGCACUUGAAAGUCAUCCUCAAGGAAGUAUAAACGAUGCGUUUACGGACGACGAUACACGCGAGUCGUCCAGGUCUCUGACACCCGCAUUUCCCGGUGAAAAGGAAGUCGUUCACACACUUUAUGGAUAUGGUGACUUAGUAGCAGCAGUACAACGCCUUCAAUUACAGCUGAAAAAGGCCGGUACUGGGGGAGGACUGGGAGGGCUGGAAGGCAGAGUGGCAGCAGUGCAGUCGCUAUUGCUAUCGCCCCAGUUUGGUCGUGCCUUGGCCGUACAUAAUAAAGUGCAAGCUGUCAGAUCAAGAACCGCGCACCGAGCUACCAUCAACGCCCAGGCAGCUCUUAGGGAUUGUUUAGACGCCUUAGGUAGUUCCCAGAGUGCGUACGCCGUAGAAUUGGCAACACUGUUAACAGGGUAUGAGCUUGAGGCGCUCAUGGUUGCGCAUGACGAUGUUGCGUCAACGCUACCUGCCGAUUCCACAACUCCAACGCUUCCACCUACAGAGACAAUACCACAAACAUUACCUGACCAAUACGGAUCGGAUAAUAUAAAAAUUAUCAAAAUUGAAAAAAGUACCGAACCUUUGGGUGCAACAAUUAGGAACGAUGGUGACGCAGUUGUCGUAGGAAGGGUGGUACGAGGAGGAGCCGCAGAUAAAAGCGGUCUACUACAUGAAGGUGACGAAAUAUUGGAAGUGAACGAUAUAGAAAUGCGUGGGAAGAGUGUAAAUGCUGUCUGUGAUAUCUUAGCGGCUAUGGAAGGAACCCUAACGUUCCUUAUAGUCCCCGCUGCUCAAGCAAGAGGCCACUCUGGAAGAGACUCUGUUUUACAUGUGAAAGCACAUUUCGAUUACGAUCCCGAAGACGACUUAUACAUACCAUGCCGCGAAUUGGGUAUAAGUUUUCAGAAAGGUGACGUUUUGCAUAUCAUAAGCCAAGAGGAUCCCAACUGGUGGCAGGCAUACAGAGAAGGCGAGGAGGAUCAAACGUUAGCUGGUCUGGUGCCUUCUCAAACUUUUCAGCAUCAACGGGAGAGUAUGAGACUAGCUGCUAGCGAACGGUAUCCUCGCGCUCAAAGGAAAGCGACGACUUUAUUGUGCGGGAAAACGCCGAAACGUAAGAAAAAGAAAGGCACUUACGCAGAAGGAGGAUAUCCAAUGUAUACUAAUGCAAUAGAUGAAUAUGAACCUGAAGAAAUCCUGACGUAUGAAGAAGUAGCAUUAUAUUACCCCCGCGCAAACAACAAAAGGCCAAUAGUACUCAUAGGCCCACCGAACAUCGGCAGGCACGAGCUGAGGCAAAGGCUAAUGGAAGACUCGGAACGAUUCGCCGCUGCAAUACCUCACACGUCGCGCGCGAGGAAAGACAACGAGGUGGACGGACAAGAUUAUCACUUCAUUACGAGAGCGCAAUUCGAAGCGGAUAUUCUGUCGAGAAAGUUCGUCGAGCACGGCGAGUACGAAAAGGCGUACUAUGGAACUUCGCUGGACGCGAUUCGAUCGGUGGUCAACUCUGGGAAAAUAUGUGUACUUAAUUUACAUCCACAAAGUUUAAAAAUUUUACGAACUUCUGAUCUUAAACCUUAUGUUGUGUUUGUAGCACCGCCCAGCCUUGAAAAAUUAAGACAGAAGAAAAUACGGUGUGGAGAAGCUUUCAAGGAAGAAGAAUUGAAGGACAUCAUAGAGAAAGCGAGAGAAAUGGAGAACAAAUACGGCCAUUUCUUCGAUAUGAUAAUAAUAAACAAUGAUACAGAACGCGCUUACCAUCAACUAUUAGGAGAAAUAAAUAGCUUAGAGAGAGAACCACAGUGGGUGCCAGCUGCUUGGGUGAAAGCACUUUAGAAUUUAUUUAUAUUAUUUAUAGUACAAAUUAAAACAUGUCAUCACAUUAACCAGACCUUUUAUAUAAUUUGGCAAUUUGAAGGGCGAAUUUUUUGAUAGCCUAAGAAAGUAAGUAGGUACGGAACAGAAUUUAUUCCACUUCAAUUGAACUUUCUCUACACUAACAGCUCUACCACUGCCAAUAAAUCAGAUUGCAAGCAUAUCUUUUAAAAUUUCACAACCCGAUUACUAAUACAUCACAGAGCGUACUUGCAGUUCUUUAGGCUAUGAAAAAGGCUCUUAAUUGAACAUCACAUAAACGUGCUGUGAUCAUGUACUGCGAAUUGACAGUGUUCAAGUCUUGAACCAGUAAAGGUAUUUCAGAGAUGGCAAUAAUGAUUGUACAUAAAAACAUUAUAAAACGUUUAAAACGUAUUUUAUCUGUGUAUAGAGUGUAUCUAGCCCUCGAAUGUUGUAUAUAAGAGUUAAAAUAUAUUUGUCUUAGGAAUUAUCGGAACAAAGUCGCUAAUGUGUUUUAGAUUGUAGACGUCCUUAUUGUAAGUCUUUUAUUAUUGUUAAAUAAUUUAUAUUUCAAAAUCUAAUUGUUUGAUUCCGGUUUAAAUGUAUUAAGAAUUUAUAAUUACAACGCAAAUUAUCUAUAGGUAUACUUGAUUCCGUGUAAGAUAAUAAAGAAAACUGAAGAUUGUUGUGUUGUUAUCACUUCAGUAUAUUAUUAUGUAUAAAUACUUUUUAUUGUACCUACCACUUAAUAUUCACUCCGAUCUUUAUAGGUAACCUUCCAAUUCCAGUUCUUACAAUGGAAUAAUUAACGAUAGUUCUAAAGUCAUAGAUUGUAUUUUCUGUUUUAUUUAUUGUUAUGAUUUUUAUGUAAAUAAUAAGCGAUAUCAGAUGUAAAUAAAGAAAGAUCAGACCCUAUGGUGUCUGUUGAGAGCAUCA